UUGUUUUCCGGUAUAAUUGAUUUAAUAGAUAGAAAUACGUUCAAUUCCGAGGACCAGUUCAUCUUCCCGGAAGGUGAGAAGCAUCGUGGACGUUUUGAACGUUCGUUUUCCGAAAUUGGAGCAAUGGUUAUCGGGGGUGCCACCGUUGGCGGGGCCAGAGGUUUGUACACUGGUUUGACCGACGCAACAAUCAAAGAACUACCAACAGUUUCGAUUCAGCGCACCCAAAUAUUGAACCAUGUCACUAAAUCGGGUGCUAAUCUAUCUCAAACCGCCGGUUCGAUCGGAUUGUUGUAUGCUCUGGCAGAUUUUGCGAUUCACAAGCUAAGAGGUGGCGCGGAUGAUGAACUGAAUACUGUUACCGCUGCCACCGCCACCGGAUGUCUGUAUAAGUCACCAGGUAGGACCGUUUAUUUCAUUCCAUAUCGUUUCAUAAAUCAUAGUGCCUCUCUCUUGUUAAGCAGCACGAUUGUCGCAUUUCGUUCUAUUCACUGCAUUUUUCACACUGGUGUUAUACACAGUCUUCCAGUGCCCUAUCCCCCUCUGUGA